GGCACCGCGCAGUUAUUACGGCCGUACUCGGUACUCCUGCGAAAAGGCCAAAAAAAAAAGAAAAAAAAACACUACGCACCCGUGAUCACAUUCUCCAUGCCGAACCGCCCCCUCGCUUCAAGUGACCCACAGUCGCCAUCACCCCCUCUCUCUCCUCCCGAUCCAAAACCCUAGCCUCCUCCCAAUGCUCGGCGACGGCGACGCGGCGGAGGAGUGGGUGCUCGUGCGGCGCCCCACCGACGCGGACGCGGCGGCGGCGGCGGCGGGGUGGGGAGGCGCCGCGGCGGCGGAGGAGCGGCCGCUGAGGAUCGCGUUCGCGGAGCCCGCGAAGCACUGGACCGACGCCGCGCCCGUCGGGAAUGGGCGACUCGGCGCCAUGGUGUGGGGCGGCGUCGCCGCCGAGAAGCUCCAGCUCAAUCUUGAUACUCUAUGGACUGGUGUACCUGGUAAUUAUACAAAUCCAAAAGCCCCUGCUGUUCUAUCUAAAGUAAGAGAACUUGUGGACGACGGACAAUAUGCGGAAGCCACCUCGGCCGCUUUUGACUUGUCUGAUAAGCCAUCAGAUGUCUACCAACCUCUUGGUGAUAUUAAUAUAGAGUUUGGCAAUGCGAAUGACACAUAUACUGGUUAUGAAAGAGAACUCGAUCUGACUACUGCGACUGUGACUGUCCAAUACGCUGUUGGGAAUGUAGAAUACACGAGGGAACACUUCUCCUCAAACCCGCAUCAAGUGCUCGUGACCAAGAUUUCUGCAAGUAAAUCGGGCUGCCUCUCCUUCACAGUAUCCUUAGACAGCCUAUUGCAUCAUCAUUCUGCUGCAAACACUUCAAAUCAAAUCAUCAUGGAAGGUAGCUGCCCAGGGAAGAGAAUUCCACCGAAAGAAAAUGCCUCUGAAAGUCCAAGCGGAAUUAAGUUCUCAGCAAUUCUCAAUUUGCAGAUAGGUGGUGAUGAUUACACAGCACAAAUUGUUGACGAUAGGAAAAUAAAAGUUGAUGGUGCCGACUGGGUUGUUAUGCUUCUCACAGCUGCUUCUUCAUUCCAAGGGCCAUUCGUUAAGCCUUCUGAUUCUAAAGUGGACCCUACUUCAGAAGCCGUGAAGUUAUUAAAUCCAAUCAAGAAUAUGUCAUUUUCUCAGCUAAUUUCUUAUCAUUUGGAUGAUUAUCAGAGUCUUUUUCAACAUGUUACUUUGAAACUGUCAAAAGACUCCACAGAAUCACAAAGUACUGAUUCUUCGGUCCGAAUAAUGAGUGAUGCCAUCAAGUCAACUGCGGAAAGAGUGAAAUCUUUUAAAAAUGAUGAGGAUCCCACUUUGGUAGAGCUGUUAUUCCAUUAUGGGCGGUACCUGCUAAUAUCUUGUUCUAGGCCUGGAACUCAGGUUGCCAACUUGCAAGGAAUAUGGAAUAAGGACAUUGAGCCAGCAUGGGAUGCAGCUCCUCACCUGAACAUCAAUCUGCAAAUGAAUUACUGGCCAUCGCUUCCUUGCAAUCUUCGUGAGUGCGAAGAACCACUGUUUGAUUUUAUUGAAUCUCUUGCGAUCAAUGGUAGCAAGACAGCAAAAGUCAAUUAUGAAGCAAGUGGUUGGGUAGCUCAUCAAGUAACGGACAUAUGGGCAAAAUCAUCGCCCGACCGUGGUGACCCUGUGUGGGCUUUAUGGCCAAUGGGCGGGGCUUGGCUCAGUACACAUCUGUGGGAGCAUUAUACUUUCACAAUGGACAAAGUUUUUCUGGAGAAUACAGCAUACCCACUUUUGGAAGGAUGUGCAACUUUUCUGUUAGACUGGUUAAUUGAAGGACAUGGAGGGUACUUGGAAACUAAUCCUUCUACUUCGCCCGAACAUUCUUUUAUCGCUCCUGAUGGUAAGAUGGCAAGUGUCAGCUAUUCAACAACUAUGGACAUUGCAAUCAUACGGGAAGUUUUCUCUGCCGUUAUUUCGUCUGCUGAGGUUCUUGGGAAAACCGAUACUGAAUUAAUUGACCGUAUCGAGAAGGCCUUGCCUAGGCUCCCUCCAACAAAAAUUGCUAGAGAUGGUUCAAUCAUGGAGUGGGCGCAGGAUUUUGAGGACCCAGAUAUCCAUCAUAGGCAUCUGUCGCACCUUUUUGGUCUUUUUCCAGGUCAUACUAUUACGGUUGAGAAAACUCCUGAUCUCUGCAAAGCAGCUGCUAACAGCCUUUACAAAAGAGGUGAUGUCGGUCCGGGAUGGUCAACUACAUGGAAGAUGGCUUUGUGGGCUCGCCUUCAUAACAGCGAGCAUGCUUACAAAAUGAUUUUCCAGCUGAUCAACUUGGUAGAUCCUGACAAUGAAACUGCCUUUGAAGGAGGAGUGUAUAGCAACUUGUUCACCGCACAUCCUCCAUUUCAAAUAGAUGCCAAUUUCGGUUUCACUGCGGCAAUUGCUGAAAUACUAGUCCAAAGCACCCAGCGUGACCUCUACUUACUCCCGGCUCUCCCUCGUGAUAAGUGGCCUUCCGGUUGUGUUGAAGGAUUGAAGGCGAGAGGCGGAGUAACUGUGAACAUCUGCUGGAAGAAAGGGGAGCUUCAUGAAGUUCUUUUGUGGUCUAGCAAUCACAAUGCGCUCAGAAGAUUGCAUUAUGGAGGAAAGGUUGCUACCUUUGCAUUUUCCUGCGGCAACAUUUAUAGGUUAAGUAAAGAUCUGAAGUGCUUGAAUACAUGGCCUUUAGGUGCAAUUUGAGAUAUGAUGCACCAUUUAAGAUCCCCCACCCCCCUCAUUUAGAGAAAUGUUUUCCCUAAUUUAAGAUUAGAUUAGAAAUUGCCAUAGUAAGUGAAGUUUCAACUGUUGAAUGAGCGACUCUUUGUUACAAUGAGAACGUCGGAUUUUCUCUGACAAAAGAUAAAACAUGGUUCAAACUGUGGUGCCUUCUUGAUUAUUGUGAUCUGCAUGUUUGUGGAAAGUGGUACUUGGAAUUUAA